UUUUAACCUAACAUUUAAAGUUGCUGUUUCAGAUAAUAUGUUUAACAUUGUUAAAGUGUAUGUUGUGUCUUGUCAAAUGGUUUACGUGCUCCAUUACUUUUUAGUGCUAAAAAGUUGAAAUAAUAAUUAAAAGUUUAAACUUGAGUAGGAGAAAAAUGGGCACAGCUGGUGGAGAACCACGUGUAUUGCUUAAUGCAUUGAAACCAAUGUUAGGUGUGGUGGGUGACAUAAAAACACCUCAAGAAGUGAUGCGUGUUGUUGGUAUGAUGAAAGAUGCCGAAAAGUUAAUGAGCAGAUGUGUUUAUUUAAAUAUUUUAAAAGCCACCUGCAGACAAGCUAAACAAAGUGAAGAAAAAAGGGAUACCCUUGAGAAGUUCCUUUCAACUGGUGGAUGGGGUAUUCUAAAUAAAUGGCUUCACGAAUUCACUAAGUCUGAAAAUUUCCCAGUUUUGCUAGAACUUAUUGACGUUUUGAAAAUUUUACCAAUCACCGUUGAUUUACUCAAACAGGGCAACACAGGCAAGUUACUGAAACAGAUGACAAAGCUUGAGCAUGCAGAUGUAAAAAAGAAUGCAGGAUCUCUCAUUAAAAAAUGGAAGGAUAUGAUCAGAGGAGGUGAUGAAGUCCCUUCAUCUAAAAGAAUUAGAGAAGUAGAGGCAAAAGGACCUCCCCAGAAACGUGCAAAAGGUGUGUCUGACUCAGCUGGAUUUAUGUCAGCUUUAACAGCUUCUACUGUUGCACCAAUAAAAAAGAAAAGAAGAAAUUCGAACUCAAAGGCCACACCUUUGCCUUUGGAUGAAAUUUUGUGUAAAGCAAAACAUGAAAAGAAGUUAAAACUUGAAGCUGAUCAUGAAAACUUGUCACUUACUGAGACCGAAGAAGCUGAGGAACCCAUGGAUACAUCUUUAGCUUUACUGCCAGUAUCUCCAGCUGUUGAGGCUGCAAAUCUUGCUUUAGCGAAAACAAGUGAUGAUGACAUAGUUAUUGAUGAAGGGUCACUUGCUAGAAAGAAAAAUAAAAAGAAACGAAAUAUAACAUGGGCACCUGAUGACCAACUUGUUCAAGUUUCGUAUUUCGAACUUUUAGAAGGAGAAAGAAAAGGUCAUCAUGCUGAAAAUUUCUCUGAGGCACGUCACCAUGAAUCUUUACUGGAAAAACAGGCCAUGCGUGCUGCUCGUCGAGGCCAAGAUAAGAUGUCAGAGCGCAUGAUGUGGGGUCGUUUAAUUCCUGUUGACAACGCUGGCGUCCAAAAUUUUACACCUGGUGAGAAAAGCCGUGAGAAAUUUAUACAGGCUGAACGAGAAAAGACAGUUCUUGCAUUUAUUUUCUUGACAAAAGAAAGCUUGCCGUCUAACCCAUCCGAACCGGACUUCGAUCCGGAAGACCACAGUAAUCGAACGCAACCCCGUGUUAUUCCGCAUGAUGAAGAUGGCACAGUGUUUCCUCCUGCUAAAUCAACCAACCAACAAGCGUCACAGAAAGUACAACCUCUUAUUUCUGAAGAAGAUUUCAAUUUCGCAAAAUCGUCCACAAAAAAUCCACCCUUACAGCAAAAUCCAAAUCAAAAACACAAGGGUUCGAUAUUAGAUGUAUCUCCCGCAGUUCAGAGUAUAAUGAGCCAGUUGAUGAGAACCAAUAAUCCACCUGUUUCUACAAACGAGCAAGGGAAUAAAUCUAUGCCGAAUAUUAAUUCGGGAUUGUUAGGACAAAACGGCAUGAUCUCUAAUAACGGUCCACCGCCACCUCCCAAUCAUCCAGCUAGUAAAAGUCAAGCAAUGAACAACAAUUUAAUAAACCAAGAUUCAAUUCCGUCAAUUAUGCAGAACCCUAUACCAAAUCCGCGUGGGCGUGGUGGCCCUGGACCAAGAUUCAACGGAGGAGGCAGAGGUGGUCCUAUAAUGAACAGAGGCGCAUUUAACCCUCGUAUGGGAGGACAGCAACCAAGAUGGGAUGGCCCUCCACCUCAGGGUCCAGGCUAUAACGAUGACUGGAAUAACUUUAAUGAUGACCACUACAAUGAUGGUUUUAAUAACAACUUUCACACAGGACAGAACAACCGUGACGGAGGAAACUUUGGCCCUCCACCUCACAGUAAUAACGAUUUCAAUGAUUUUGGCAACGGUGGUGGAAGAGGAUUUCGGCGUGGCGGUAAUCGUGGACGUGGAAAUCGAGGUGGGAAUUUUGAUCGAAACCGUGGCGGAAACGAUUGGAAUUAUGACGAUCGAAGAGAAGAUUGGGGACGAGAUGAUCGUAAUUUUGGACCUGGACCAAAUAGGGGUCGUGGAGGAAGAAAUCGAGAUGACAGAGAGAAAGCCGUUUGUCAGCAUUUUCUGUCGCAGCGUGGUUGUCGAAACGGUGACCGAUGCAACUUUCUUCAUAUGAGAAGGUGAUAAAGAAUCAGAUGAUGUUGAUGGUGGUGUAUGUUUUUUACUGUAUGUUAUGUCUUGACGUACUUAGUGGCUCCGUAUUAGAAAACAUUUUUAUAUCUUGACCUGAGCAAGGUGUUUUGUUAUUAAAUUUUGUUAAUAAAAUUUAUAUUUUAGUAGAAAAAA